UCCAAAUCGGCGUGGUUUUUUGUCUUUGACGCCGGCCCCAGUUCGAGGCAAGCCCGAGGGACAGCAGCUCGUACAAAUCUCGAGCAUCCCAUUAACCCAACGUUACCGACCAAUGUCCCUUAUCAUGUAGUGGCCAUCCCCUGGUGUAUAGAUGGAACUGCUACGAUCAUUGCGAGACCGCCGGUCGGCGGUUAUCAAGAUCGAUGUUUUCUAAGACGUUUAUGAGCAAUUACAUUACUUGAAAAAUCAGGGCAGUGCCAUUACGAUGGCUGAGAAUAGUUAGAUUUGAAUUUGGAACCCUCAAGAACGUACCCCCAACUUUGUGCUGCCAGCCCUUGACUUUACCUCCUCACCUCCAUAACUUCUGUUGCGGACUUUACCCCCUCAGGGGCAAGCAGAGAACAAAAACGCCGAUGGCGAAACACUUGUUCUUUCUCUGGGCCCUUCGUGCCCUUUUCUUCGCGACCAGCGCUCGGGUUAGUUUGGCGUGUUCGAUGGACUGCCCAAGUGUGGCGGAUGGGAUUACGGAUGACGUUGAUUUCCCAAUCUCCUGGACAGGCUGUGUCACCCCCAUUACGGUCCAAGUUUUAUUGCUACCAGGGAGUAAGAUAUUGAUGGUGUAUCAAGGCUCGGCACCCAAUAUUCGCUUCAAUGUCUAUGGUUUUACAGGACGCGAGGUGUACAUAUUUCUAACUGACGCUGACGGGUCGAGUCUGACAAGCUCAACAUAUCUAGUCCGGCCGAACCCAACUGAUACUUCCGCGAUUGCUUCCAUUUCUUCGCCUUCUCCUCGACCCCCAUCGCCUGUGACCAGCGAGACCACGACAACACGCUCGUUCACAACCCCUUUUCCAUCCAGCUCAGAUACAAACACCACUUCCAGUUCACCUCCGUCAUCUACCUCUCCAUCUCCAUCACCUUCACACAGCAGCUCUCUUUCCACCGGAGUUAUAGUCGGUAUUGUUGGAGGGGUAUCUGCACUAGCCGCGGUGAUAGCUAUCAUUCGGAAUGUUAAGAAUGGCGGGGACAUCACUUUAAAUCUCAUUCAUUGUGGCAACUGAAGUAACUGCGUUGCUCGCAUGGACCCUGGACUGUGUCAUUCGGACUUAGGGUAGCGAUGUAUUUUGCAUGUGCCCCUUUAUUUUUCUUGCCUCUUAUUUUUCUCUCAUUUUAUUCUGACCGAAGGUAGGUGGUAUUCGGUCCAUUGGUACUUGUCGAACGAUUUUCCGAUUUCUUGACCGAGGGCAACUCAUUCUCGAUCGUCAAUAGCAGAGCGUAGGGAUGCCACUUAUUGAAGGGAUGGGGGAGGGGACAUCAAUACGAACAACAUGUCACAAGGC